AUGAUAAAGUGUAAGGGGAACACAUUUUUUGUCUUAAAAGUGAGAUUUAACAAAAGGCUCAUAAAAAAAUGUGGAAAAACAUAUAUUCAUACUAUAAAUAAUCCGAGUGUAGAUUUUGCGUACAAAUGUCAAAACACACCAAAAGAAGGAGAAGAAUUUUUUUUUAACAAAGAAAAGUUUGUAAAUUUUGAAAAUGUCAAUGUAAAAAAUUUAAAUAAUAGAGAAUUUUUAUAUUAUAUAGGAUAUUGUAGUAAAAAUAAAUUACUUAAUUUAAAUAAGAUAAAUUGUGUAAUGAAAGAAUUAGAAAUAAAAAUAAUAAGUAGUAUUAAUAAUUCUAUAUCAACUGAUUUUUCACAGAAUAAAAAAAAUAUAUUAAAUUCAAAAUCUUACAAUCAAUGUAAUGAAAAGCCAUUUUUUGAUAUUCAUGAUUUAGUUAAGGUCUAUUUGAAUAUAUGUUAUAUUAAUUCUUAUUAUUUUCUUAAGGAAAAAAGGGAAAAUAAUAAUACUAUAAAAUAUAAAAAUAAUAUAAUUGAAGAUGAAGGAAAUAAUAUAUUUCUUCAAAAAGGAUAUAGGCACACACAAAAUGGUACUGUACAAAAUAUGAAGAUAACAAAUUAUGAUAAAAUAAGAAAUGUAAAAAACGAAUGUGAAAUUAAUGGUAAACCAUUUAAUAACAAAAUUGAUUGUAAUACAAAUAAUAUAGAUUUUUUUAAAAAUGAUCAUAAUGUAUAUAACAAUUCAUGUAACAGUACUUUGGAGGAAUCCAAAGAAUAUGUAUGUAAUGAAUAUGUAAAAAAUAUAUUUAAUUUGUUGUCUAUAUAUUUUCUUCAAAAUAUAGAUUUAAUUAAUAAUCAUUAUUUAUGUAGACUUUUUUAUGGAUACAAUAAAAGUAAAUUUUCAAAUCAUAGAUAUCUUAACAAUUUAUGUUUUGAAAUUAUUAAAAGGAUAAAAAAAAUUAGAACAUAUCAUUUAUAUUUAAUGCUUACUAAUAGUUAUUAUUUAAAUUAUGUAGAUAAUGUUUUUAUUAAAAUUUUAUUACUUAAUAUUAUUACAAAAUUUUCUCAACUUCCUUGUGAAGCCAUGUGUCAAGUUAUACCUGUUAUCCCUUUAUAUAUUAAUUCAGAAAAAUUAAUUUACAAAAUUAAUUUGAUAUAUUCGAAAAAAAUAGCUAGCUUUAAUCAAAUUGGUCAUAUUAUUAUUUUGUUUAAAAAAAUGUUACAAUACAAUAUGAUAUCACAAAAAAAUGUCUUUUUAAGUUUUAAGCAUUUAAAUAAUUUUAUCAAAUUGAAAAAAAAAAAAAAUAAGAUCAAUAAUAUAAAUCAGGAGAGUAGGAAAGAACAAGAAAUGGAAAAUGAAAAAAAUGAUUCAGAUGAUCACCUGAUAAAUAAGGUAGUAGAAAAUUUUGAAACCUUUGAACAUAAUGAAGAUCAAGUUUUUGAGAAAAAGAAAAAUAUGAUGAAAAAAAGAAAUGAAGAUGAUAUAAUAAUAAAUAAUCACCAAUUUGAUUCUUUAUUUAAAAAUAAUAAUAAUAAUAUACAAAUAAAUGAUAAGGGAAAGUCUAAAAAUUCGAAUUGUAAUAUACAAACUGAAAAUAUAAAAGAAAACUUUACAAAUGAUUAUAUGAAUAAAAAAAGUACCGUAAAACAAAAAAGUGAAGAAAUAAUUUUUCAAAAUGAUGAUUUACUUUUUAAUUUCAAAAUUAUAGAAAUGCAUUUGAAACAUGAUUUAAAAAAUAUAUAUUCUCUUUUACCAUAUGAAUAUAAAAAUUUUCUUCAAAGAAUAAGAACAAUAUCUUGUAACCUUAAUAAAAAUAGACAAGGAGAAAAAGAAAUUUAUAUAUUAAAAAAAUAUAUGAAAAUGUUGAAAUAUAAAUUUAUUACAUUUACAUAUGGACCAUAUAUCUUGCAUAUAUGUGAUCCAUUUUAUAAAAUAUUUCUGCAAUUUGAAAAUCAAUGGAAAUUAUAUCCUAUAUAUGAACAAAUCGUACAAAAAAAUUUUGAAAUGAAUAAAAUGAAUCAUCUAAAAAAAGAAGGAUUUAAACCAAUAUUUAUAUGUCAUGAUACAUUUUUAAAAUGUAAAGAAGAGCAAGAAAAAUUAGAAUACAUCCAUUCGAUUUUAUUACAUACACAAUUUAGUAAAUAUAAUAUAACAUUAAAGGAAAAACAAAAUUUAUCUAUUCCACAAGAGUUGCACUACAUACACAUAUGA